AUGAAAAAGAGUUUUCAUAACAAGGAAGAACUCAAUUCGGUUGUCCGAGUUUGGUCUGAAGAAACACAAAGGGCGAAAGGAGACAGUUUGCCUGGAGAUUAUGUAUCACAUAUGUCCACAGAUGUAAAUGUAACUCUCAAGCAGAAUGAUCUACAAGAACUGAUAGAGAUUUGGGAGAGUUUGAAAGUAGCUACCAAAGAGAAGUUCCACAAGAAAUAUGGUGACAUAGCCUAUCUACUCUAUGUAAAGAUAGAUAAACCCUGCUUCACUUUCAACAGACAAGAUUUGACGCUGACAAUAGAAGAGUAUACAACUCUAUUUAACUUCGAGAGCCUCCAGGUGGAUAGGAUUUAUUCUAGACCUCCAAAAGUCCAAUCCUUUAAAAGUAAACUUGUAAAGAUUACUGGUAGAGGCAAAAAUUGGAUAGUAGAGCACAUCCAACAGAAAGGAGAAAGUGAAUGUUUUCCGUGGCAUUGUCUCAAGAAGGUGAUACUCGAGCACAUGGAUGAAGAUAAGAGAUUAGAAACGUUUGCUCUGGCUGUAUAUGGUCUAGUGAUAUUCUCGAAGACCUUGUUCCACGUGGAGGUUGCUGUUACAGAUUUCUUUGACAGAUUGGAGAAAGGUAUAAAUCCGGCACCAGCUAUUUUGGCAGAGACCUUCCGAUCCUUAAACAAUUGUCGUAGACUGGAGGGGGGUCGAUUUAUAGGAUGUGCCCAGCUACUCACUGUCUGGAUUCGUAGCCACUUCUGGAAGGAAGAGAAAAUAUCUUAUCACCGUUUCUCCACUAUGUAUUCGCCUUUGAAAGAAUUUCUUAGCAAGGAGUGGCCAGAGGGAUGUGAAGAUCUUGACCACGUUCCGUUACUAGGAUUAUGGGGAGGAGUCAACUAUGCCCCGUUGAUGGUUCUCAGACAGUAUAGGGCACACCAAUUUGUCCCAGUUACGAGUGGUUUAAAUAAGUCUGAGAUCACAUACCAUGGAAACCACUACAAGAAGAGAGCACGUGAUUUAUCUCUUGCCUGGAAAAGAACCUUUCGAACAAAAGUUGUGGUCGGGGAUGUUAUGUACACUCCAGACUAUGAGGCUUGGAGGUUUGCAAGAAGAAACGAAAAUGUCCCUUUUCCAGAUCAAGGAGAAGUUGUUCCUUGGGAAGAACAUAUCAAGGUGGUACCCUCACAAUCAGAGAUUCUCACUGCUGAAUUUGAAGCUGAAAAGAAGAAUUGGGACAGGGCAAUGGAAGAGUUCAAACAAGAGAAUUUCAUGUUAGAUAUUGAUAGAGGUCUUCAUGCCAAACAAUGUGAGUUGUUGAAGAAAGAUAAAAAGAAAGUUAAUCUUGAACUGGCUGACCUGAAAAGAGAUUAUCGCAACUUACAAAAGGCAAAUAAAAUAUCUGGAUCUAGCAAGACAUCACAACAGUGGGCUAAAGAGUUGGCAAUUGAGAAGCGACGUGUUCAAAGUAUAGAGGCCGAGAACAAACGCCAACUUAGGAGAAUUGAAGCCGAAAAGAAAUUACGGGACAAAUUCAAAACUGAAAAAAAGAAGCGACCAAGCAACUUAAAAUUGAAAGUCGUAGAGCUGAGAAAUGGAAAGCUGAGAAACAAACUAGCUUGA